AUGAGGAAGAUCUACACCACCGUCCUAUUUGCUAACAUCUACCUAGCCCCACUGUCACUCAUCGUCAUCAUGUACGCCCGCAUCGGAUUCACCCUCUUCAAGAUGGCUGUACCCGCCUCAGGCGGGGGAAGCGGUAGUGGCAGCAGCGGUGGGACGAAGCCCGGCCUGGACAACCACCAUCAGAUGGUGUCGAAGAAGAAGAAGAGGGUGAUCAAGAUGCUACUGAUGGUGGCGUUGCUCUUCAUCCUGUCGUGGCUGCCGCUCUGGACACUGAUGAUGCUGAGUGACUACGCCAGCCUGACAGCGAGCCAGCACCGCGUCAUCAACAUCUACGUGUACCCGCUGGCCCACUGGCUGGCCUUCUUCAACUCCUCCAUCAACCCCAUCAUCUACGGCUUCUUCAACGAGAACUUCCGCCGGGGGUUCAAGGCCGCAUUUAAGUUCCAGCUGUGCACCGCCUACAUGGAGCGCCAGAGGACCUACUCACAUCGUAUCCAAGGCAACGCAGUGUUACCCGCAAACCUGCAUCUGCCCACCAGGCCCGGCUCGGCAAGGUCAGGAUUGGCUUUGGUGAACUGGAAGGGGCUGGGCCGGGAGGAAGUUGUCGGGCGGACGUCAGACGAGAGGUCGUCGGGGAGCAAUGUGAAGGAGCAGGAUCUGAUCAUGAAGGAUCUGGAGAAGGUAUCCCAGGUUUAA